AUGGGCUCCUUGAGUACACCACCACUGGUGACCGGCCACGAUGUUCGCCUUGCAGCACGUAGAAACGACUGCAUAGUGCCAACCGCGGGGCUUGCCCAGGGCUAUCUACAAGCAAACAUGAUCGUCUUACCCUCACGCUAUGCCGCCGACUUUCGCAGUCUCUGUGCACGCAAUCCUGUUCCCUGCCCACUCAUCGGAGAAUCAUUGUCUAUUGGACAAUACGAUGCUGUAAAAUCCUCUCUAUCUUCUUUAUCAUCAUCAUCCAAGAAUGAGCCCGUAUCGGUGAUUCAGACAAAGGAUCUUGAUCUCCGUCGAGAUGUCGGACGGUAUAUGGUCUAUCGCGACGGCAAACCCACCAAGACCGCCUGUCUCGAUAUUUGCGACGAAUGGACCGACGACCAUGUUGCUUUCUUGAUUGGCUGUUCAUACAGUUUUGAAACAGCUUUGCUUAAUGCCGGACUCACACCUCCGCAUAUCAGCGCAAACAGCAAUGUGCCUAUGUACCGAACCACCAUCCCGCUGUGUCCAGCGGGCGUCUUCACCGGGUCAACGUAUGUGGUCUCACUGAGAGCUUAUAACUCAACCGACUUAGCGAAAGUACGAGAUAUCACGGCAAAGUACCAUGCAACACAUGGAGAGCCCAUUGCGUGGGGGUGGGAUUCGUUAGAAAAACUCGGGAUCAAAGACAUUGGCAAACAAGACUGGGGAGAUAGUCCGGUUACCCAGGAUGGCAGACCCUUGGCAAGCUUAGUUGGAUCGGACACGGUGAUCCCCGUAUUCUGGGGAUGUGGUGUCACACCUCAAGAGGCUGUUAUGAGGGCAGGACUAGAAGGCAUUUCGAUGGGGCAUAUGCCGGGACACAUGUUGCUGUUGGAUUGUGUAGAUGAUGAUAUUAUAUAG